AAACUCUAAUUGGACAAUUGUCACCUGGAACCAAAAUCCAGCCAAUCAGUGCAGCAUUUGAAAAGCUAGACGGCACUCAACUUUGAUUUCAAAUUUAAAACAUACUUUGAAAGCUGUGUUGGGUUGACAGAGGUAAUCUUCUUAUUGCAUAUAUGGAGGCAGCCACGUCUACCUUGCAACAUUCUUUCGGCCCGGGCCAUCUGGGUCCAAACCCACCACAUGGAGCUCAGCAGGCCCAGGGGCCCCAUCAGCCGGCUUCAGGGUCUUCAGGAGCUCCACGUCCUGAAGAGCACCACCACCAACACCACCACCAGCAGCACCACAAACCUUUCUUCUACAUACAGCCCUCGCAGCCAUACCUGCCCAUGCAGAGUCUGCAGUGGCCUGUGCCAGUGCCCAUGCCUGUGUCCUACAACCCAUACUAUGGUUACCCUGGUUUAGGUUAUGGCAUGCCAGUGAUGCCCAACUAUCAGCCAAAUCCAUAUGUGGAGCCACCUGGCUUUGUUGUACCCCAUACCCACCUCCAUUUGAUGGACUACAGACGCAUGCUCAACCCUCAGUAUUACCAGACCAUGGCCUACCACUCCCGCAGGUUCCGCUACCAGCACAACAGCCAGGCGAGAGAAAUGAUCAGCUCUGAGGUUCAAACUGAGCCGCUGUCUGCAACCCAGAGGACUAGUACCACAGGUUCCAGCAAUGUCGAAGCCUCCAGUGACCUCCCAGUCCACAGCAGCGACAACACCCCCAGUGUCUCCACCAGUCAGUCGCUCUCACCAGCCUUGGCUGUGCAGAAGGGGGAUCACUCUCUGGAGCUAAAGGACAUGUUGCCGUCUUCCACCACUCAGACGCCACCAAAUGGCAGCUUUGUUAUUCAGACAGAGGAGGUGAGGAUUGAAUGCUGCACCACACCGGUGGGACUACAACUCCUGCACUCUCAUGAGACUUCAGAAGUAUCCCACAGCUUUUCCCAAGAUGUGGUCCAGUGUAGCUCCAUCCUCCAGGGUCGUGUCCUGCAGGACGAGGGACCGUGCCUUCCUGCAGACCAGUCGGCGCAGGAACUCCAAGCUUGUCCUGACAUCCUGUUAAUUGGGACGCCCAGCAGCGGUGAGAAGAGCCCUGCACUGGAGGAGUCCAGGAACCAGACGGACCCUGUGACUGUCCUCUCUGACUUUGGUUCUCGAGUAGUAUCUCAUGGUGAUGUUCAGGAGACAAGCAGUGAGAAAGAUGUGAGUAUGACAUCCAAGAAUUUUCACUUCAAAGUCGUUCACCUGCCCUUCGACCCCAAGUACCUGGAUGAGCUGAGGAAGAUGGAAUCCACUGUCUGGUCAAUGGAGGAAACUUUGAUUCCCUCCCCUGAAUCGCUAAUCCAAACUGGUCGCACAGAGUCUUAUGAUGAAACAAUGGCUGCAGUAGCGGAAGUGCCCUCAGCACUGAUGGUGAGAGAGGAGGCUCCUACAGAAGAGGUCAUCCCCAUGAUUGAGAUGCCUCCUCUGACAGAGGAUGAACUGGAGGACAUGGUCCCCACUGUGCAAAGUCCUGGGGAUGAGAUGGUGUCUGAAGCUGACAUGUGCCCUAUGAUGGGUGUUCCUGUUGCAGAGGGAACUCCUAUGACAGAGUCGACACACACAGCAGAGGUGGCUCAUGCACCUUAUUUGCUGGUGUUGGAUAAUUCCCCUCUUAAUGCAGAUAGAAACCAACAUAGACGAGAAACAAAUGUCCAGCAUCAUCAGGACACUUCAUUCGAGUCAUUGCCUGCCUACCUCCCCUCAACCAGCUGUCUGGCUGACGUUGAUAAUAUCUACUACUGUAGCAAGUUGCCACCAACUCCCAAGACACCGAACAGACCUCUGAGCAGCCAUGGUUUAGAUGUGCCUUCCAGAAGAAGAAAACUAGACCUAGAGUAUAAAGAACGGCCUACUGUUCGCAAGCCUAAAGAGAGGUACAAACCCAAAGGCAAGGUGGAUCGGCGAAGCCUCUCGGACCAUGAAUGCUGCCUUAGCAGAAAUUUCAAUGAAAACGCGUUUACCCCUUAUGCGUCCAAGAGGGAGCGACUUUGCUCCAGAUGUCUGACAAAGCGCAGGAUCUGCACGUUUACCAGUCCAGGACUCGAUGCUCAGACCUUAAAAAGAAAAGCUUUCGAACAGUGGAAUGACACACUAUUACCAACAUGUGAAGCCUGUAAAUCUCACUCCAAGAAACAACUGAGAAAAGGUUCCAGUCCCGAUGUCCGUGGCUGUCGACAUGGACACGACACUGAGGGAGAAUCUUCUGAGAACAGCUCGUGUCGCACUAGGCCAAAAUGGAGGACCGCUAACGAUCCCAGGAAGCUCCACGAUCUCAAGAGGCCACUGGCCUCAAAGCAAAACUUUGAGAAAUGUCCUGCAGCGACAUACCCAAAGCUGAAGGAAAAUAACUGUGUGUGUAAUGAGCCACAGCAUCAGUCAGGUGCAUGGGAGAGGCUGCGCCACUGUCCCCACGGCAACACCAUCCGAGAAAUGGAUGAGAACUGCGCCAUGCCGGUUUCCCUCCAGGACAAAUGGAGGAACAUGGAUCAGAUGCGCAUGUGGCAAACUGAGAAGUCAUGGAAAGCAGCGACGAUUAACCCUGACAUUGACGGCUCCAAGAAUGAAGCCAGAUCACAACACCUGAAUAAACACAAGAAGUCACAACCACAAUCACAAGGAACCCGUAGAAAAGACACAAGAUGUUGAUUUGCACAAGAGCACAAUUUAACAAAUUGAAAAAUGCACUGUUUUUAAAAAAAGAUGUACACUUAAUUUAAAUUAUUUCCACGUAAAUGAAUUGUAUAAUAAAUCACAAUGUUCACUAUUUAUUGACAUUAAAAUAAACACAGAUUUAUGAUA